ACGUCAAAGCUUGGCGAUCGAGCCCGGAAUGAAUCAGCCCGGCGGCUGCGGGAGUCCAAAGGGAGACAGACUCCGCCCCCGGAACCGCAGGUGCCGCCGGCCUUAAAACGGCGAUGCCACUGGGGCGCUAGCCAACACGGUUAAAAGGGCAGUGCUGCGGGGCCACCGUUUUCAGACAAACCGGAGGCAGACUCACAGCGCAACCCACAGGUUUCUCUGAGGUCUCUAACUCCAAGGAAUCCCACCCGACAGUGUUUGAAUUAAUGAAGAUUCUUUGAAGUCUGCUUUUGGAAUCAAAGAGCAUGGAUCCAAGCAGUGACUACCAUUUCCUCAACCACAUUUUGUGGAGAAGAGUGAAACUCACAUUGGUUUCUGGCAUCUUCGAGGGCGUGCUCCAGCAUGUGGAUCCUAACAAGAUUGUUGUCCUGAAAAACGUGAAGAAUGUAGAGACAGGCCGCAGUGUUCCAGGAGUGAAAAUGUUUUUUGGGCAUGAGAUUUUGAAUGUGGAACUAAUGGAUGAAGCAGAGCAAGGUGCAUCGGGAGAAAGGGCGUCUUCUGUUAGCAUAAACACAGAAAGAGCUGGAAUGGAGAAAAUGAAAGACGAAGACUUAACUGUAUGUGAGCCCACUUCACCUGCACCAGAGGCACCCAGCAGCUCUCUACUCAGUGACCUCAAAUACUGUCCAUCAGAGGAAGAGGAGGUGACAUACACAGUCAUUGAUCAGUUCCAGCAGAAGUUUGGUGCUGCGAUGCUCCACAUCAAGAAGCAGAGUGUCCUGAGUGUGGCCGCAGAAGGAACUAAUGUGUGUCGCCAUGGGAAACUCUGUUGGCUUCAGGUGGCCACAAACAGCCGAGUUUACUUGUUUGAUAUUUUCCUUCUGGGAACUCGUGCUUUUAACAACGGACUCAAGAUGAUCUUAGAAGACAAGAGAAUCUUAAAGGUCAUCCAUGACUGUCGAUGGCUUUCUGAUUGCCUGUCACAUCAGUAUGGAAUCAUGCUGAACAAUGUCUUUGACACGCAGGUAGCUGAUGUCCUUCAGUUUUCCGUGGAAACGGGUGGUUUCCUUCCCAACUGUAUCAGUACUUUGCAAGAGAGUUUAAUCAGACACCUUAAAGUUGCGCCUAAAUAUCUCUCCUUUUUAGAAGAGAGACAAAAACUUAUUCAGGAGAAUCCAGAAGUGUGGUUGACAAGACCUCUUCUACCCCCUUUACUGAAAAUCUUGGCCUUGGAAACAACCUACUUGCUUCCACUCCGCUUGGUGCUCUUAGAUGAGAUGAUGUCAGACUUAACCACACUGGUGGAUGGGUACCUAAACACCUAUCGAGAAGGUUCUGCAGACCGGCUUGCAGGCACAGAGCCUGCCUGUAUGGAGCUGCCAGAGGAGCUCCUUCAGCUCCAGGACUUCCAGAAGCAGCGGCGAGAGCGAGCUGCCCAAGAGUACAGAGUGAAUGCUCAGGGUCUCCUCAUAAGGCCCGUGCUGCACCCAAGGAAGCCAGGGACUCGCACAUCAGGGAGAGAGGACCGAGUCAAUGGCUUUUUGUUUUGUAAAACUUCUGGCGUGGACAAAGCUCCACGCUUUCUAAGUCACAAAUCUUACAAAGAUGAGAGUUUUUUGGAUAAAGCGUCUAAACAAACCACUGCAAAGUCUUAUACUCUGCCUCCCGUGAAGGAAGGCAAAGCCAGCGAGGAUUCUGAGAAACCAGUAUGUUGGGAGUCCACAGGGCCAGAAGACCCGAGAACCCAGAAAGCUUGCUCCCUGCCUCCCACGCAUGAGCUGCAGUCACACUUUUCUUUGAAGGAGGAGAUAGAGCAGUUGCUGCUGGUAGAAAACAAGGGAGCUUUACGAAACCCAAAGCAAGACACCUCGGUGUCUCCUCUUCCUCAGGAAACGUGGGUGGCACCAAGUAACACCUUCCAUCUGCCCGAAAAAGCCGAGAUGUCUACACUUCCACCCUGCCCAGCCCUAGAGAAGACAGACUCGUGGAUAAGCCCAUCUCCCAAUCUGUUCUAGGAUUUUAGGUUUGCUGAGUCCAUGAAGGAGACUCAUCUGCUCUACCUGCAGAGUCCUUGUAAGUUCCUCCUGGGGGGGUAGGGUGGUUAGGUCUCAGCCACAGGGGCAAAUGGUAGCCUUUGGUUUAGUGCUUCGUCCUGGUGUCUGGAUGAGAAUGGAAGGAAUAAGUGAAAUAAUGGACCAAGUCAAGCUUCUGAUUCUGUCAGUAUAUGCAGAAAUACUCCCUGAUUAAUUAAUUGUCAUAGUUUGGUUUAGGUGAUUAGAGAAGUGAACAUGCUUGGGCUCAGUGUCUGGGAGGAUUGUGGGCGGUUCCUGUGAAUGGUAGAGCUGAUACAGCCUGAACAGGCUCUGGGUCACUCUGCAACAUCGCCAAAAAAACAAAGAGUUGUGUUUUUUUAUGCUUGCUUGGGUUCAGUUUGGGUUUUUGGCCUUUAUAGUGAAAUAAAUCUAAAAACCCUUAAUUAUAGGUUAAAAAAAUAUAUCACCCAAUUUCACCAGUACUUUUCACUUUAAAAUGUUACUUGAAUUGUGAAUUUUGUAUGUAUUGUAUCGAAGGCAGAGAAUAAGUAAUGCCGCUAUAGGGUUCUGUCUCACAAUUUCCUUUAUAUUUCAGUAACCAUAAGGUUUUGUCCAUUUUCCUCGCAAAGCAGGGGUGCUAGUUUCUGUUGUUAUUCCCUUGAUAUAAAAUCUGGGUCCAUUAUAUUUGCACAGAGAGAAAGAAAAGCGGCUGGAAAGGAGGGCAUUUGUGUUGUUCAUAAGUUACUCUUAGUCUUUCAUGUAAAACAACCAAUAAACCUGCCUUGGCAUCA